UGUUGCGCAACAUCACUGGAGUCUGACAGCACAGACAGAGCAGGACAAGAGACGAAAAAGAAAUAAAAACAGCCUAAUGCAAAAAUCUGCUUAACAUAAGUUUGACCGUGGGACUAACCUUAGGAUAUACAGGAAGUGGCUCAAAACAAGGAGCUACACACAGACUGUCUGUCUAGUAGCUGAGCACACGAGAGCAAGAAUUUGCUUGCCGACUUGUGGUUGAGUGAAGUUUGAAACCCAUUCAAAAAUUGACAAUCACACUGUGUAAGAGACUAAGGGAAUGAUGCUCAGGAGAAAGACUGGGAACGCAUAGACUGAGAAAGAAAGUUAGGCCCCGAGGAGACGCAGCAAAGAGGAGGAUUGUGGAUCAUUAUGGGAGUCAAAUGCAAGGCUUUUGUUGCCAUUGUCUUCAUCCUCCUUUUGUUUGGCUCCAUGUGGCUCCAUGGGAAUCUGGCGGACCACUGGAAUACCUGUCCAAAGGUUUAUCACGGAAAAAACAAGGUUCUGUCUUUCAUUAUAGUUAAUAGUUCAGAUGGCGAUGUGGCUCCAUUGAGGGUAUGUCCUGACCAGAGGUUUCAAGUUGCCAAUUUGCUGGCUCAGCUGCAGGCAGCUCCAGUGUCAACCAAUGAUGUGCUGCUAAAGCCUUACCUGGCAAGCUGGGAUGAGCUUAUCAAUUUCUUGGAAGCCUUGGGGCCAAUGGUAGGUUUAAUUUCACAAGAAAUUGAGUCGAAAACUGCCAUCAUCCGUGAGCUGGCCCAAGAAGAGAAGAAAGAGGCAGAGAAGAAAUUGAAAGAAAGAAAAACGCACCAGAAAAGCGACCCAGUAUUAAUGAUGUCUCAUAACAGCUCUUCAGACUACUCUGAAAUGAAUCACAGACUCUCAUUUGGUUACACUUCUGUCCGGUCUAUGAUUAAAUGGGAGCUGGAGAGCGGUUUGGUAGACUUCAACAAGCAGACAAACUCAGGCUGCAGGACUCUGUUGCGAUUGCAUCGUGCUCUGCUCUGGCUGCAAAAUUUCCUCUUGGAACUGGGCAAGGACACAAGUGAAGGAGAGCAUCUGCGAAGCCCUUCUGACCUCUGCAAAGAGACUUACCAGCGUACACUCGCCCACCACCAUACCUGGUGGGUAAGGAAAGCAGCAGAGCUGGCUUUUCUUGCUAUGCCCGAACGACCUUAUUUCUACCAGUUGGUGUGUGUGGAAACGCAGGCAGAAGCUGCUGUGGUGCUAAACAGGGUAGUGAGAGCAAUAGAAGAAGUGUACGAGAGAAAUGAAGUCGCUCUACAGGAACACAGCAUGCUAGACCUACCUUGAGCGUAGAAAGAGAGAGAAAAAUCAUGGGAUCAACCUAGAGAACAGGGCAGUUAAAUUAUAGUGACCAACUUUAUUUUUUAAUAUUAGGGUCCAAAUUCAUGGAAUGGGCCAUUUUUAUUCUUUAUCUUUUUAGGGAAACAGAACUACAUUUAGAACAACUAAAUAUAUAGUAUACCUGCUGGUGCUAAUGAAUGAAUACCGUUCGCAUAAAGAUAACACGAUAAACCAAUAACACACAUUUGUGUAGCAACUAUGGAUGAAAAUUAUAAACUGGUAAUCAUGCUGUAUUCAGUUCUUGUCAUGUUUUCAUGACAUUAUGAAAGCCAUGUGUUGUUGUGAAUUAGCAGUUUUCAGAUUUGCACCUUAAUAGUCCUAGUCGACUGUGAAAGAUAAACUAAAGCAUACUCAGCAGAUGGACAGAACAGUCUGAAGUCCUGUUUUUAUAAUCCUUAUCAAAAGCAGUUUAUAACAGCGCGGUAUAUUUUCUCACAUGCACACUUACUUUUAUUUUGGUAUCAUGACAUGACAAAUUAGAUAACAAUCCAACAACUUUUUUGGUAUCUGAAGGUGGCUAUUUUUUUAAAGCUAUACUGACAUACCAUGUGCAAUAUAAAAUGAAUGAGAGAAUAUGACAACAAAAAUAUUAAUGAUAUUUAAGAACAACAAAAACAGUACCAAACUGUCACUGCAAGUACCUUUUCAAAUGGUUCACUUUAUGUAAUUUAAGUAGUAAUACAAUUUAGGGGUAAAUAAGAUACAAAAAUGUAUCUUUUAGCUUUUGUAUAUCAGGGUAUUUUUUAUAUCAGAUUGUAUUGUAUUAUCAUAUAGCAUCAUAUGGUUAUGUCUCUUUACCUCACAUUAUCAUUCCAGGGAGCCAAAAUAGAGCAAUGUCUUUAAAUCAAAUCCAUUUAUAAGACAAUUCUUUGUGAAGUCUUACAGGCUGCUGUUACUAAUGUGCGUGAGCAUAAUUAAUACGGGCAAAUUACAUUGAUUAAAUUGACAAUGAUAUUCUCAUAUGGACUAGGACGUGUGUGUAACUCACUGUGUGUGUAACUGUGCAUGUCUCUGUGAUUGUGUGUUUGAGAGAGACAGUGACAGUUUAAAACUGUAUCUUUGUCUUUACCUUCUGCAAUUCUACGUUGUACUUCUGAACAUUAUUAUGCGGAUUAUACAGAUAAAGAGGAGACAGUGCAUGGUU